AUGCAGUUUCUCGUUGAUGAGCCGAAGAGCGGUUUGUUAUGUGGUGAUGCGGACGAACGUGUCACAGGAUUCCAAGUCACGUCGCUAGUUCGUCUAAUUGGAGCUGAAAAUUGUGAAAAGAGAGAUCGCAGAGAAGUCAGGAAUUCUGUCGUUACCGAUUUAUGUGAAAUAGUGGGCAUCAAGCAACAAUUUACAAAGGUUGCUGCCCAAGAAAAAAGGGUGAACGGGAACUAUUAUUCACGCAUUUUGAAGAAGAAGUAG